UUCAACCUCAACUUUCAUUUGCUCUGCACCUUUCGGUCACCUUUCACCUCCAGCGUUCUUUGUUGACUUCAUCACCCUCCAUCACCGCCCCUGACCCCUUCCCUUUCCAUCCCAAUCAACGAUGAACGGAGAUACAAAUAGAACUUGCAGAACUUAGUUGUCGUCAAAUUCUUGAGAGUGGAUGGUGGGCAGGAAUCGUUUAGCAUUCAACUCCACGCGUCCAACCUCCAAGAAAUAGGACGCCGUGGGAUUCCCGCCUUGACAUCGCGUGCUCGGACUCUUUUUCCCGCUGAAGAACCCCCGCCAUAUCUAUCACCAAGUGCCUCCUUGCAUAAUCCGCCAUCAUGGACCCAUCGGACCCCGUCCAAACCACCAUCACCCAGCUCGAACAAGCGCGAGGCAUCGCCCUCGCCGACGCGAAAUCCUACGUCCAGAUAGUUCCCGGUGUACUUCCUAUAAUUGGCGCGGGAGCGGCGAUUGAGUUGAAGCGAUGGGGAUCGGAGUUCUUAGCGGAGACGUUCGCGUCGCCGCAGUUGGCGCAGGACGAGAAGCAGGCGCUGUGCUUGAAAGCCUUGCCGGUCCUGAAUCAAUAUCUGGACGCGGAGAGUGAGGACAUGUUCGUGGUCAAGGAAGCCGUGCAGAGUGCCGCCAGUAUCUACCCGCUGGUAUUCCGACAUACAAUCUUCAACCCAUCCGACUCCACGAGCUGGCAACUCUUGAAUUCCAUCAAAGGUCAUAUACUGGGGAGGAUGGAUGAUGCACCGGCCGCUGUACGAAUAUGUUGCGUCAAGUUCAUACAACGAGUGGUCCAAACUCAAACACCUGGUGUAAUCACAGACCCAAGGAGACCGGAAGCGAAUGAAGUGUCGAUUGCCCUAGUUCCUCGCGAUCAUCCUCUCAUGCAACCCGACAACCUAGAAGCAGAGGCAUCCGGCCUCCUCGACCGAAUUCUCGGUAUAUUACAAGAGAACUCAAGCGAUGCAUUGCUUGUCACCGCAACCCUCAACUGCCUAGGCGCACUGAUUCGCUCCCGAGCCUCUAUUGCCAACAAGAUCGUCAAUACUGUGCUCUACUUCAAUCCCCUUAAACUUGCCAAUUCGCCCAUGACCCCUGCCAACCGUCUUAAGAUCAAGUCCAUGGAACGCACCACCCGUGCGCUUCUGCUCAACGUGAUCAAGAAAAACCCCAGUCACCCGCUCGCCGGGAGAAUACACGAGUAUCUUGAACAUAUGCGGCGCUCUCGCACGGAGAUUCUGGACGUGUCCCGUAAGCGAGCGGCACCCGUGGAUGUCGAGGUCGUGGACACGAAACGGCAACGUGUGGCCCCUGAGGUGGCAGCGCAAUUCAAUCCUCCGACACAGCAACUGACGCCGCAACCGCAAUUCCCCCCUCUUCCUCCUGGACCGGUGAGCCUAGCUCAAUUAUUCACACUGACGGAUGAUCCCGGUUCAAAGAACUUUAACGUUCGCGCAAUACCGCAUGAUGUCGUCGUGCGGAUUGUCAUUGCUUUACUGCAGACAAUACCCAAGAAUGAGCUCGACAUCCGAGUAAAUGCCGUCCGAGCAAGAUAUCUAAACUUAGCACAGCAACAGUCUGCCUCUGCUUUCGCUGCAGGUGCGAGACCAACAGAAGACGCAGACGAAGACGACGACUACGAGCCCACGCUUCCAACGGAAGAUGCCGAGCAGAUCGCAAACAAACUGGAUAGCUUUCCCCCUCCGGUGGCCGUGUUCCAAGAGGGGUUGUUCCCCGAUGUCCAGCUGGGUCCAUAUCGAAUACCCGACCCCGAGCCGCUUUCGCAGCUCGAUGCCAUUCAGGUGGGCCGGCAGAUCAUCGACAGAAUGUUCGCCAGUCUCCGCGUGGCGGAAGUCAAACCCAAAGGUGCAAAUUCCACCGUCGGGUUCAAUCGUCUUGCUGCGACCGGUCAGGACCGGGAUUCGUUGGUGACAUUAAUUUGUCGCAUCGCUACACGAGCAACGGGGCUGGAGCCUGGCGAUGACAGCAUGGACGGUAUCAAAAAGGAACACAACGGCGACUCGAAGUUCUUGGACGACGCACCUAUUCCCAGCUAUAUUCGCGAGCAGAUGAACCUAUUUGUCGUCGAGGAUUUCCGACAGCGGAUUGACUGCGCCAUCGCCUGGCUCACUGAGGAAUGGUUCAACGACACGGUGAACGACCAAAAAUCCCAUGAGGAGCGCCACUCCGCCACGUCCAACGGCGCGAGCAACGGCACGCCCGUACAGAAUCGGGUUGCCACCAAGCGACAUUACCGAAAAUGGACUCUGAAAUUCAUGGACGAGAUAUUCCACUACCUCGACCGCAACGACCGCAAGCUGCUCAUCCGCUUCCUCGCCGAAAUCCCCGAGUUGGACCGGGGUAUGCUCACGCGAGUGCAGGCGCUGACGACCGAUCCGGAUCGCGUGGCGAUGACGAUCCAGGCGCUGCAGUACCUCAUCCUGUUUAAGCCCCCGGUGCGGGACCUGUGCUUGGACGUCGUGGAGGAUUUGUGGAAGAACAGUAAGUUGGCGAGACGAGGAUGCCAAGGCGCUGACGGUCAAGAUUUUGACUAAGCAUCGGCCACAUGUGGUGAGCGCUGGGAUGACGAAUGGAUCUGCCGCUCCUGUUGAGGUGAAAGCAGAGUCAUGAUUAUCAUUACUUGGCGUCGCGGAAAAGUUUAUCGGUGCGGUGCAAGACAACGGUGAAAUUCGGUACCUGUAGUGGCUUUCAGGGGCAUAUGUUCCAAUUUGAGACUAUGACGACGGAGUUGUCACUCGGCAGAGCGGGCAGAAAGUGAAGUUACAGGUCGAUUGUUUCGUUAGAUACCCAUUUACAGACAAGCAAUCAACAGUGUUGAAAUACCUAAAUGCAUGUAUUCGCGGUGUUGGAUAGGAAGGUUACGUCGCGCAACAAUGCCUCCUCUUUCUAGCGCCCAUGGAGGAGUCCAAGGGGGUCCAAUCCGGGUGGUGGAAAUUAC